AUGUUCCCGUCGCUCACGGUAUGUGCGACAUAUUGUCGUCCUUUCGUAGCAUUCUGUUCUAUAGAGCACGAGCUAAUUCUUCGUCACCUUUUCGUGGCGUGUGGUAACCAGGUGCGCGAAACGCUGAUGUUCGCGGCGGAGCUUCGCCUGCCGCAGAGCGUGACGCGGGAGGAGAAGGCGGCGAAGGUAGCGCGGUUGCUCGAGUUGCUGGGAUUGGCAGAAGUGGCGGAAACGAAGAUCGGGGACGAGGGACAAAGGGGCGUUUCUGGUGGCGAGAGGAAGCGCGUUGCGAUCGGCACGGAGAUUAUCUGCGACCCGAAGAUUCUCUUCCUGGACGAGCCCACGUCGGGACUCGACUCGACGAGCGCGUUCCGCGUGGUGCGGGCGAUUAAGGACAUCGCGACCAACACGAACAGCAUCGCGGUCAUGGUGCUGCACCAGCCCAGCUUCCGCGUUCUCGGCCUAGUAGACCGCCUGAUCCUCCUCGCGUCGGGCCACGCCGUUUUUCACGGCGCGCCUCCCGCGCUGCCGCGCUUCCUCGAGUCGGCCGGGUUCCCCGUGCCGCAGUUCGCUAACAGCACCGAGUUCGCGCUGGACCUUAUCGAGGAUAUGCAGCGGUCGAGCCGCGGUGUCGCGGAUUUGGUGGAUUUUGCGCGGGUAUAUGAGAGGCAGCAAGAGGAAGAGGAGGAGCGGGAAAGGAAGCUAGGGAACCUGGGAGAAGAGGCUGCGCUGCGCAUGAAGGGCUUUCAGGAGCGGCUGGCCUUUUUCUCCUUCGCCAUCUGCGUGCUUUUCUUCGUCUCCUGUGAUGCUGUUCCCAUCUUCAUCCAGGAGCGAAACAUCUUUCUUCGAGAAACCAGCAGCAGCGCGUACCGCCCGUCCACCUACCUGCUCUCCUCCACGCUCGUCUAUCUCCCCCUGCACCUGCUCAUGGCGCUCACGCUCGUGCUCGAGGCCUGGUGGUGCCUGGGGCUGCAGGGGGGCGCUCAAGGCUUCUGCUUCAUGGUUCUUGCGUGUUUUGCCAUGCUGUUUACCGGGAAUGCCAUCGCCACAUGCGUCAGCAUCUGCGUCAACCACGUUGUGCUGGCAUAUGCAGUGGCCAUAGCUCUCAUGGCGUAUUUCGCUCUCCUCAGUGGGUUCUACAUUGACAGGGAGAGCAUCCCGGAAGUGUGGAUGUGGCUGCACUACCUCUCGCCCAUGAAGUAUGCCUAUGAGGCACUGGCGAUCAACGAGUUUGGCAGCGUACGGCGAAUCAGUCGUGGUGUCGGUGGUCCCGAUGAACGUCGCGAACAGCGCCUUGGUCUUCGCGCCCAUCCACGCGAGGCGCUGGCGCUGGCGCUUCAGGAACUGCUGCGUCAGCUUCCCCGCGCUGUUCCCCGCGAGCUCGCGCCCGCGGCGGCGUCCGCCGAAGGCGUUCUGGAAGCCCUGCUUCGCGCCGUUGAUCACCUUGGUGAACACGUUCUGCGUCACCGUCGCGUUCGGCACGCCCGCGAGAAGCGCCUCGACGACCGUCGCGUCGGCGCCUUCCACGGUGCCCGUCACGCGCAGCUCCGUGUGCGAGCCGCCGCGCCCGCCGCGCGUCUGUGUGGUCCAGCCGGUGGACGGCAGAGUGAGGGCGGCGGUGGCGGUGGAGUCACACGCCGCGCCUUGCACGAUGUUGAUCGUGUCGGGCGCGGUUCCGCUGUACUCGUCAAGAUCCGCGUCGAAAUAGAGGUUGUAGACGGGCGUGCCCGACGACUCGUCCUUAAAGACGGCGAGCAGGAACUUGCCGCGAGUCGCGCCGAUGUCCGUCGUGCAGUUAGAGACCCAGGCGCCCACGCGACCUGCGGAUGGUACGAAGGGGCGAGGGAGGGGGAAGAAGGGGGGCGGUGGGGGAAGAAGGGGAGGGGGGAGUGGGGGUUCCGGGGAGGGGCGGAAAGAGACCAGCGCACGUUUGGCAUCCAAUAG